CGUUUAGUUUACGUGUUGGCUUCUUCCCGUGCUGGUGGAGCUUGGUCCCUGGAAUAGAGUGCUGGUGGUUUUGGUUCGCGAUCGCGUUCUGUGUGAUGGUUGAUAGCCAUAUAUUCCGGCCAUCAGGAUUUUUACCCUCUUCGUGGAAUCGAUUACGGUGAAGAACUGAGAUGAGAAGAUCGUUGGAAAUCUUUGUCCUAAACUAGUGUUUUAGUUAAGGUGAAAAUUGUGCAAAACAGUCCCCGGGUUGCUGUUUGUUGGAAAGUGAGUUUUCCCUUCGGAUCAGUAGUUUAUAAGUGGGUUAGCAUCUUCCGAGUUUUGGUAGAGAGAAAAAAGAUUCUCCACUGGAAGGAAUUCCACACAAAGUGCCAGUAGCCAGUGACAGUGUAUUGGUGCGGGAGUUUUUAUCAGAGGAAUCUGAUCCUGCUGCUCCGAAGGAUGCUGUACUGUGUCUUUGUCCGCCGUCGACGUCGCGUUGAAUGAGCGAACGCCACGACGCCAAAAGAGCUCGUCGGUAGUGAAAUUAGUGCCAGGCAGGAUAUAACAUACGUACGCCCAAAGCGAAAGCGAGGGGGCUCUUUAUGAAGUGAUAAAAGUUAAUUGAAAAAUCCAAACUAAAAGUAGCCAAGUGCUGCGUUUUCUGGGGGGAACGAAUCGAAGUGUAUGUGUGCACACGUGUGAGUGUUUGCAUAUUUGGCAUUCAAAGAAAGGAAAAGUGGUCCUGGUCUGGUCGGAAGUGUUUUCGCUGCAAGUCAGCCCCGAUUCAACGAUUAGGUCUACUGUUUUGCUGAAUCUCGUGUUAUUUUCGCGUUUCUCACCAGCAGUGCUGUGAGUUUUUUGCCAAUCAUCGUCAAGUGCUAGUGAUAGUGGUGUUUUGCGAUUUUUCAAGAGCCGCUUCGAUUCGUGCAGGAAAAAAGCGGAAAGCGAAAACUCUACACUCGAUUUAAUCCGCGCCAGUUGAGAAUGGAGUGAAAUCCCAUGUUCCAGCACCUCUCGCUAGCAUUGAAGUAGCGCAAAAAAAAAGUAAUACAUAAAUAAAAUCCAUCAUCCAGACUCGUCAACGGCAGGGGAAGAGCAGCAGCAAAUGUGCCGUGAUUCAGUCGCCAGUCAGUGUCGGAUGCAAUGGUGAUAAUUCAUUCAUUCGUUCGUCGUCGCCGCUGUCGUUGUUGAUGCCAGCCGAACUAUCCGCGUUAUCAGGCUAGUAGAAGGAAGCGUCAGUAUCCACUUCCAAAACACGAGUGAGAUUCGCUUCCACAUGGGGUUGUGUUGUUGAAAUGAAUGGAUCCGGAGUUAGGGCGACGACGACGACGACGACGAUGAUGAUGACGCCAUGACGACGACGAUAGCUCCGCUUUCGAGGACGAUGAUGGUGCCGAUCCAUCAGGACCAACAGUCGACUCGCUGUCGAGGGUACCGAAAGUGAAUUCGCGGAAUUUAAAAACAAAUAUCCUCGAAACAAAAAAGAAGAAUAAGUGUGUUCCAGUUCUAUUCGGGUACAAUUUCCGAAAAAAAAAAUCGCCCAAGAGCCAAUUAAGGCCCGUAGUCUUCAAUCAGAAGUCGUACCGUGUAGUGUAGUUAGGGGUUUCGCCGUGCAUUGGAAAAAAGUGAGUGCAUGCAGCAACGAAUGAGCGGUUGUUUAUUAUUUCUUGUUCAAUUGCAUGGUGAAGAAGAAUAGAAAGAAGAAGAAGAAGAAGCAAACGCAGACGAAUAGAAUCGAAAUAACAACCUUCACCGAUAUACAACAACAAGCUAGCCUGCAGGCCAGACCAGUUCUGUUUUGGCUGAGGCUGCUGCUUGAAGCAGACAGGGAAUAGAAGGAGGAGGCGGAGCAGGAGGAGCGGCAGUCGGCAGGCGGCAGUGUUUGGAAAAUGUUUCUAAAAUGUGGAUUAAUCGUUUUCACUCUUCUCGUCAUCGACAUCGAAAGUGGCUACGUAAGAGAGACAAAGAAAGAACGUCCGCUGAACGAAUACAUAUCCCACUACGAAACACUCAGCUACGACCACAAACAUCUGCAUGCUAGUCACAGUAGGGCGAAACGAUCGGUCACCAAAGAUCACCAUGUAUAUCUUAAGUUUAAGGCACACGGAAGAGAUUUUAACAUUAGGCUAAGACGAGAUCUCAGUUCAUUUAGCGAUAAGUUAGAAAUUCACACCGAAAGUGGUCCAAUCGAGGCGGACACCUCGCACCUGUACCAGGGUGAACUGGUGGGCGAUCCCGACAGUCACGUGUUCGGUUCCAUCAUCGAUGGCGUAUUCGAGGGCAAGGUGAUAUCGUCCCAGGAUAGUUACUACGUGGAACGGGCGAAACACUACUUCCGAAACAGUUCCAAUCCGGAUACGCAUCCGUUGCACCACGGUGUGGACGGCCAUGACGAGCCGUUCCAUUCGGUCAUCUACAGGGAGGAGCACGUGAAUGACCCGUAUCGGCAUCGGAGGAAAGGCCAUCCCUCCGGAUGUGGUAUCAACGAGGAGGUGUCCGCUUGGAUGGACCGCAUUCAAAACUCCGCGCAGGAGAACGAUGCUGUCGUUGAUAGCUCCAAUGAUGAUGAUGAUGCUGAUGAUGGUGCAGUGGACAACCAUGCCAGCACCGAAGCCCCAGCGACCAAGCGGCAAACCGCCGGCAGUGGAGAUAAUAAUGUGAAUAAUUUAGAGGGAAAUUUAUUCCAAAAAUCAUCAACUCAGCCAAACUAUAAUAACGUUAACGGUAGCAGCGGUAGCCGCACCAGCCACAACUAUAAUAAUAAUUAUCGUAAAAAUAGUUCUAAAGAUAAUGUGAAUACUAAUUAUAACAAAGCCAGUGGAAGCGGCAAUCGGAUCGAGACCGGGUACGAGUUUAAAUUUCCCCACGAAAAGUACUCGAAAGCGGCCAACUGGAUGGCGGCGGGGGAACAUCCAGACGACCGGGACUGGCACAAGCGGUCCCACGAGCGAGUCCGACGGGCCACCCGACCCAAAGAGGAGAACAAAAACACCUGCUCGCUGUACAUCCAGACGGAUCCACUGAUCUGGCGUCACAUCCGGGACAGCAUCGCUGAUCACGACCGAGGCCGCAAGAACGAGAUUGAUGAGAAAACUCGCGAGGAAAUCCUCUCGCUAAUAGCGCACCACGUGACGGCCGUCAACUACAUCUACCGUAAUACCAAGUUUGACGGGCGGAUAGAGCAUCGUAACAUUCGGUUCGAGGUUCAGAGAAUCAAAAUUGACGACGACUCGGCUUGUAACGAAAACUACAACGGGGAAUCGAAUCCGUUCUGCAUGGAGAACAUCGAUGUGUCCAACUUUCUGAAUCUUCACUCGCUGGGAAAUCAUGAGAUUUUCUGUCUGGCUUAUGUGUUCACUUAUCGAGAUUUCACCGGCGGUACCCUGGGUCUGGCGUGGGUCGCAUCCGCGUCCGGUGCGUCCGGGGGCAUCUGCGAAAAGUACAAGACCUACACCGAAACGGUCGCCGGGCUGUAUCAAAGCACCAAACGUUCCUUGAACACGGGUAUCAUCACCUUUGUCAACUACAACAGUCGGGUCCCACCGAAGGUGUCCCAGCUGACGCUGGCCCACGAGAUUGGCCACAAUUUCGGCUCACCGCACGACUAUCCCGCCGAGUGCCGCCCUGGGGGCAUCAACGGAAACUACAUCAUGUUCGCCAGUGCCACCAGCGGGGAUCGUCCGAACAAUAGUAAAUUUUCCACCUGUUCCGUACGGAACAUCUCGAACGUGCUGGAUGCGAUCGAGGAUAGCAAGAAGCGAAAUUGCUUCCAAGCCUCGGAGGGUGCUUUCUGUGGCAAUAAGAUUGUUGAAAUUGGAGAGGAAUGCGAUUGCGGGUUCAACGAUGAGGAAUGUGCCGACAAGUGCUGCUAUCCGCGGGUUAUCAGCGAGGUGGACCUAGGGCUGAAUGCUACGGCUAAGGGUUGUACGAGAAGAGCCAGGACGCAAUGCAGUCCAUCGCAGGGACCGUGCUGUGAUAGCAAUACUUGCAAGUUCGUUUCUAACUUUGCCAAUAUAACCUGUAAGGAAGAAACGGAGUGUUCCUGGAGUUCGACGUGCAACGGAACGACGGCCGAGUGUCCGGAACCGAAACCGCGUGACGAUAAGACCAAGUGCAAUAACGGAACACAACUGUGCAUCAAGGGUGAAUGCGCCGGUUCGAUCUGCCUCCUGUGGAAUAUGUCCGAGUGCUUCCUUACUUCCAACAUUAUCCCGAACAUUGACAAGCGAAAACUGUGCGAGCUUGCCUGUCAGAAUGGGAACGACACCAACACGUGUCGAAGCACCAGUGAGUUUGCUCAUCUCUACGGUCUACCGGAUGGUGGAAUUAGUUUACGUCCAGGGUCGCCCUGUGAUAACUUCCAAGGAUACUGUGAUGUAUUUUUAAAAUGCCGUGCCGUCGACGCGGAGGGUCCCCUGGUGAAGCUAAAAAAUCUGCUGUUCAACAGGCAGACGCUGCAAACCGUGGCCCAGUGGGUGACGGAAAAUUGGUACAUGGUUUGCCUGUUUAGCAUCAUCUUUGUGAUCUUCAUGGGCAUGUUCAUCAAGUGUUGCGCCGUGCACACGCCCAGUUCGAACCCGAAGAAACCACCGGCACGACGGAUAACCGAUACACUGCGGCGGCCAAUGAACACCCUAAGACGAAUGCGUAAUCAUCACAAUGGUCAUGGACCACGCACGGUUCCUGUGCCGCACAAUGAUCGGUCCCGCAGUGGUGGGGGCGGCGGUGGCGGCGCCGGUAGGAGCCGAGGCACAAGCGGGGGAGGUGAUGGCCACGGCGAACGCCGUAGUGGGCACCCAUCCUCGUCUGGCGCCGCUCGGCCGUCCAACAGUAGUAGUUCCAGAGUGCCAGCGCAUGGGUAUGGUGAAGGCAGAGGCCAACAAUACUAUCCACCGAAAGCAACCGCACCGCUAAUACAGAAUUAUAGCAGGAUGAACAAUGCCGAGCUGUACGCCGAAGCCUAUCCGGAUCGGAGCACGUACGGCGAGCUGCCCCGGCGCCACUACUCCAACAAUAAGGUCUGACAUGAUGGACGUUCUACCACCAGUAGCAGCAGUAGCAAUAGUAGCAGCCGGGGCCCAUCGGCGGCCAUCAACAGCAGCAACAGCCUGAACACGAGCAACAACAGCAGUGCGUUCUUUGAGAAUGUCCACUACUACAACAAUAACAAUAUUUAUAAGAUAUUUUUAUUUUUCUAAGGUGAACCAAAAAAUGGAACGAAACAAACAAACAAAACCCAACUCAUUGAUUCAAGCAAGUAAGCAAAACAAAAAAAAACUCAAACAUGUACACACAAAUAGGAAACCGAGAAUCAAAUAGACGUUUUUUUUCUCAUUAUAAAACAGCAGAAGAUAAGACAAACUAAAAUAAAGCAUCGGUAGAGAGACGAAAGAUUUAAAGCGAAUUAUUGAACGAAUGAGUAUUAUAUUCUGAAUCAAUACAAAGUGAGACACAUUAGAUCGUAAUCAAAAUUUGCAAAACAAAACAAAAGAAGAAAAAAAUCUUUGUGGUAUUGUAGGUAUUAGAGUAAAGUGAAAGUGGGUUGAACUCGUUGAUAUUUUCGGGAGCAUCCAGUUCAGUUGUUCUUUUGUUUGUUUAUGAUCUAAAAACUGAGAAGUCACCACUGAAGUGGACUAGGUUGGUUUUUACUUUAGACACAGAGAUGGAUUAACGAAUGAAUCUGAGAUGAAAAUGCAAACGUAUCAAAACUAGACUAGCAUCGCGUGUGUCGGUCGAACGGAAACUGUAUGAUGGGAAAUGUAAUAAAAACAGUAAAAGGAAAUUUGUACUAUCCUCCGGGUCCAGAAAAAAAAAUAUAGCGAACAAAAGUGUUACAUAAAACAAAACAAAUAACUAUUGUAGAACCUAAAACAAACUGCAAGGAAGAAGAAAGGAAGAGGUAUUAAGUUUUUACUUUUACCUUCUGUUGACUGUAGCAGCAUAGUUUAGGCAAAUUGCAAAGAAGUCGGAAUCGGUUUUCGGGUUUGAUUCCAAGAAGUGCGUGGUCGCGAGUUUCCCUCCGUGUGUUUUUGUCGAACGAAUUCGUCGACUGCCAACGAUUUUUCUCUUUAAUACUACUUAAUUAGGUGCGUUAAAAUUGACACAUUUUAGGACGGCUUGAAGGGAGCAGUGUAAAAUUCAGAAGAUGGUCAAAACCAGCAAAGUAGCAUCAGCAGCAGUUAGGGUUGACAGAAGGACGAUGAUGAAAAAAAAAAUGCUAUAUGUGAUAUAUAUUUUUCUAAACAAAAACAAAGUAAAUCUGAAAACAAAACAUGGAAUGCGGGGAGAAGCGAUACAUCUCGAAGGAACUGAGUGUGACAACUGUGAAGACAAAUAAAAAGUCGUAAGUAUUACACGUGACGGAUUUGGUUUAGUAAAGAACAUGGAUUUAUUGCUACAAAACUCAAAAAAAGGUACCAAGGGGAAUCAUUUCCCGUGCAUUUUCCAACCGAUGAAACACACUCUCUGAGAACUGCCUAACCAGUAAUGAUAUUGGGGUGAUUGAUUUUGCCCCGACGAUAGAAUCAGAACACAAAAGCCAAAUGCUCAAGUCCCCGUUGUUUCUCCACUCAGCGAUUGUUGUGAUUGUAAGCGUAGAAGGCCAACUUUCCCCGUUAAUUCACACCCGUCAAACAGAGCAAAACUCAACACAGCGAUCCACUGAACACUAGUUAGGUUUAGGAACGAUUACAUAGUUUAGGCCAAAAUGAGAGAAAUUUCAUCAAAUUUAUCUAGCUACAAUAAAUUUUCCCCUGUCCCCCUGCUCUGUUUUAGUUCCUAAAGUUGAAGAUUGUGUAUCUUGUUUCGUUCAUUCUUUACUUUUUAGCUAAGAGCAAAUUUGACCUUUUCUUUUAACACGUUUUUGGAUCUCGAAGGCAGAGGUGAAGGCAUUUAGAGAAAUCUCCAUGGAACGAAACAUUCAAAAUGUAUAAACAUGCAAAAAAAAAGAAGAUAAUAAUCAUAAUGUGAAACAGAAUGGAAUGGAUUAGCGGAAUAGAUUGAUAAGACGAAGAAUUGAAGGGAGGAACUCUGACUUCAAAAUAACAACAACAAACAACAACACGAUACAUAAACAUACACAUACACAGCAUAAGUAAAGAGAAUGGAAAUUCGUAAGAAGAAAACGAAAAAAGUGUGAAACAGAAAAACCAAUAUAUAUGAAGAUCUAUUUUUUAAUUUUUAUUAUAUACAUUCAUAUUAGAAACAUACAUAUUGUAUAAAUUUAGAAGCGAACAGAAGAGUGAAAAAAAGCUCUGAGUGAACAAGUCUCCUAAAACCAGUACGGAAGCGAUGAUGAUGUUGCUGUGAAACUAAACACACUUCUUGCAUGCAAACAGGAUUUAGCUAGGUGGAAGAGUGUCCGUGUGAUUGAGAACUGUACGGAAAUUUAGCCGAAGAACGAAUAGACAGCUAGUACUGGACCGUUUAUUGUAUCACCUAAACAUACACGCAGAAACACUCACACAAUUGUAAAUGUUUGUAAAUAGGCAUAUAUCUAUUGCAGAUGAUGAAGGCAGGCGCUGAGAAGAAUGAAUGAAAAGAAAAAUCUAAAUAAAAACGAAGAAAAAUUGAGGAUUAUCGAAA